AGGUCCAGUCUUUCAGGAAGAGAAAUCUACCUUGAUUUUUGAAGAGUUUGAGGAGCAAGUCAUAAAGCAGUAAGUAAAAUGACUUCGCCAUGUUUUCUGCAGGUUUUCUCCUGACAGAGCUGUGAAGACCAUCAGAAUGUGUAUCUCGUUUGGAACAAGGCUGGAGCUGUGUGUUUGUGCGUUUCCCUGUGCAGAACCAUAUGUACCUUUGCUUCUAAGUAAAUGUGCUAGCAAAUAACCAUGAGAGGACCAAGAGGAGCAGUACAAGACAAGGCAAAUGUAUAUGCUAUAAGGAAAUUAUUAUAAAAUUAUUAUAAAAACCAAGAAUAUGUGGACAUUAAGCUUUGCUAUAACUGAGAAGAAGGAACAUUUCAUUGUUUCUACAUUCUUUUUUACCUGGAAGUUAAUACGAUGUUCUCGGGCAAAGAAGAUAUAAAAUAAGCACAAAUAAGGAGCGACUCAAACUGCCUAGCUUGCUAAGCAUCUUUUCAGCUCCUAAAUUCAAAUUCUGGUGCAGCUCCACUGGCAGCAGCAAGAUUGAUUGCUCAGAGUGCAGUAAGUGCAGUGACAGCCUUCCCUGAGCUAGAGCUCCUACUAACACUAGCACCAUGGCAGCUGCUAAGGUGCUAGCUGGGCCACUGGAAUUGCUUCCUUACGUUGCAUGGCAUAGACCCAUCUUAAGUGGAUUCUUCAGAUUCAUUAUGUCUGUUCCAGAGGAAGUGUCUUCCUUUCCCAGCCUUGACUGAAGUUACCUUUAUUUUGCAGAUGGUGAGGAAUCAAUAGCUUCCAGUUUUGCACACAUUAGGUAUGAUACCUCCCCUGAAAUAAGCAUGUGGCUUUCUAAGAACAGCACAUAGGAAAAGUUACCUCUUCCCUCAUGGGAAGAAGAAAAGAUAUUUCUCUUUGAUGAAGCCCUUAUGUAUAUCACGUUCCUUCGUGGCCAAAUCACACACUGAAAAUAACCCAUGUAUUUUUAGGAAAUUGAUACGAGGGGUAUUUUGGGAUCAGUAAUCUUAUUUUAACAUUUCUGGAAUGUGGUUGCAGUUAAUUCUGUGGAGAACACUUUUAAUGUUGUGAUGUAGGACCCAGUUUUGGCUUUUGAUAUUUCUUUGUGGGUUGCAGUGUUCCCCUACUUCACUUUCACAGGUGUUGUAUUUCUUGUAAUUUCCAAGGGCAUAUUUGUAACUGCCUUUGAGAUGACAUUUCUGGAAAGUGAUGGACUUAUCUUAGCACAGAAAUGACAUGCAGUUGGAAAACAUUUUAACUUGCCCCUUCUCUUCAAGGUAUGCAUGAAGCGAUAGUCCCAGUUGGACUGAAUAUUUAGUGAUCUUCCACUUGAAAAAUCCCAUUUAUUCCCCCCACCCCCUUUUAUUUGUUUUUGAAUUAAAACAACAAAAACAAAACAAAACAAAAAAACCAGCAGUGACAUUUGGCAGCUUCAGAAGCUGUCCUUUUCAUAAAAUGGGUAGAGCUGCCUCAGGAUUUUUGCCUUAUUGCCAUGCAUUUGGACGACAGCCUCAUGUUUUAUGCUGUGCUUUUCUCGGCAACAGAAUUGGAAAUAAUACUUAUGAAAGUACCAGACUGAGAGACACUAUUAAAGUCUCUUAAGUUGUCACACAUCCUGAAAUAGAAGACACUCCAGAAAUAAGGAGAAUUGUAGUUCAUAACACAGAGAGGCAAACAUUUGUUGGUUUGGGAUUCAUGCUUAUUUUGAUUGGUUUUUUUUUGUUUGUUUUUGUUUUGUUUUGUUUUAAUUAUCCUUCUGAAAGCCACUUCUGAUCAUCUCUAGCGUACCUGGGAACAGCCCUACCAAGUUCCUGAUCUGUCAAUCUAAGCAUCCAGCACCUGUUGCUGAGAGUCCAGAGUUGAUGAAUUACAGCUGUCUCCAGGAUCAGGAGAGCUUUAGCAGAGGUGGUCCCUAGAGGUCCUUUCUAAGGCCCUGUGAAUCUGUGAGCUCAGUGUAGCACCAAUGAGUGUCCAGCUGGAUGGUUGCCAGCUGUUAGCACUGUUUCAGCAGUGGGGACGGCAGUGAAAAAGAAAAGUUCUGUUCUGGGCAGCCAUGCGCAGCUGUGAUAUCACAAAAUGAAGAGCAUCUCAAUCAGCUCAUGGGCAAAUGGUGGUGACUGUGUUGAAAAACAACGUUUUGUAGCUGAGAAUUUGCUCUAUCAAAUAGUGUUACUGUGUUCUUUGUAACUGUUGUGGUUUGCGUGGAAACAAAUAGAAGGCAUUACUUUUUGAGGGACCUAAUGAGAGAUGAGUGGUGGAACUUUUAAAGCAGACUACAGAAUGCUUUGUCUUAGAUACACCCCAUCAGCAGGUGGGGAGCAGUCCUGACAAACAGGAUCAGUAACACUGAUCGGUGUUGGCAGGAACACGUGCACAGUGCUGAGCACUCGCAUCAGGAGAAACCCAUUUCUGCACAGAGAAGCAGUAACCUGGGGUGGUUUAAAGGUGAGCGUUCUGUGGAAGUUUUACAGUUAACUGCGUGUACACUGUGUACUGUGUUUAUAAGUGAAACUUAAAGCAGUAUGUUUCACCUUCUGAAAUCCUUGUAAUUCUCGAUGAUCUUGGAUUUGCUUUAAGUUGCUCUGUUUGAACUUCCAGCACAAGCCCAGGAGAAGCUGCAUGUUGAUUUCCAGCAUUUUCUAUGGGCUUUUCUUUCUGUAAGAAAGAGGAAAGCCUAAGUAUUACCCUUCAAUUCAAGCGAUGUUUCUUAUGGGAACUGGAGAAAAAUAAGGAAAAAAAGUGUUGGUCUAAAGUCUUAGAGAAAGCAGAAAUGACCUGAAUAUGAGCACAGAAUUUUCCAUAAUUUUCUGUUUUUGGAAAGACUGCUUUUUCCUCAGUGUUUUCAGUGGAAAGUUUCUUUUCAUCCUUCAUUGGAGUAAGGUUCUCAGUAAACAUCCCCUGUAUUUUAGCCUAGCUAACUACAAAUUUAUAUUCAAUGUAAGGUCAUUGCUGACUGUUGGGCCUUCUUUUCCUAUGAGGACUUGCAGCCAGACGCAUCCAAAGUCUGGACAUAGAAACAAGAACUCCAUACAGAUGCUUUUCUUAAACUCUUCCUUACCCCAGGAGAACCAAAGCAGUCUUUCCUACCGCUGGAAUCAGACCGACUGUAUUUUCAUGCUGAACAUGUGCAGUUAAAGUCCUCCUUAGCACAGACAGGUAAUUAAAGUUUCAUCCGCACCAUCUCCUGCUUGGGAGGUGUGCUAAAAUUAAAUUCAACCAAAGGAGCAGCUGUUAGUGCUGCAGAAAGGCCAUGUAAAAUACAUUCAUACAUUACAAAUGUGAAAAGUAGAAUGUGUCGUGGUCACAGGUCAUUUGAGGGAAAAAAUAAACAAACUAGCAAUAAGGCAGCACUGUGUUUUACGCGUCUCUGCGGGAGAAAUUUAUGUGCUUUCACCCAGCAUGCUUGGGGUCAGGCUUCAUGUGCUUUAAUUGAUGGACAAAUAGUGUAUUUAAUUUAACAUUUAGCCAUCUGUCAAGGUGGCAGAUGAAAUCCUUGGCGUUGAUACUGACUCUACUGUGCAUGUUCUGCGUGAAAUCCUUUCCGUUAUCAGUCUUGGGGAGCCCCAGUGGCUCCCAGGAGUCUUGCUUAAUCCCAGGAAUAAUCAGAGAGAAACCCAUCAGUCUGUUCCUCUAGAUGCAUUCUCUUUUUUUCCUCCUUUCUUCCAGUGUUCUUGGUAAAAAGUAACAGCUCAGGUUCUGUGCUGCUUAUUUCUAAUGGAGCUGAUCGCAAAAUGUCCUCUGCUUUUUUUAGUGUUCACUGUCUAUUGAGAGUUGAAGAAUAGUGGUUUCUAAAUUAAUUUGAAGAUGUCCUGUAAAAUGUAAGCUCUGAAACACAGCCCCAUUAUUGUAUCCCCUUAAGUAUGGCACCCUGCAUACACUGGGUCUCUUUUUAUCUUUAGAUACACAAUGCUUUGCUCUCUGUUUUAUGUACAAAGGAAAUUAAAUGUAUUUUUUUCUAUAAAAGAUGAGAUCUUCAUCCAUCACCAGCUGUCAGCUCCUAAUAAUGUUGCCCAGAGAAGUGUUAUCUGUGAUUUAGUGGCUUUAGUGGACUAUCUUUUGUUGAAUAGAGGAUGGCAGAAUAAAAUUUCAGCUUAAUAUAGCUCUUUUCAUACUCCCUCUGAAUAACAGAGGAAAGGAGGAGAGAAAGAGCAAAUAAUCUUGGCUUCCCAGCUCAAGUUUCUUCUGUUUUACAGUACAUAGGGCAGAAAAGGAAAGAAAAUAAAAAGAAACUAAGAAAAAAUAAUUUAAGAAGUGGAAAGAAGAAAAGCUUAGGGACAAAAAUAGAAUUAGAAAACAGAGUGUUUCUGACUGAUCCCUCUGGAUAGAGGAAAAAGGAAAAUAAUUUCUGUCUCAGGAAGAACUUCUGGGCUUAAAAAUGCUCUUGUCUCAAGUCAGAAUGAAAAGUCAGGUAUUGUGUUUUGAAAGGCGGUGGUUUUAUAAGUGAUUUUGAGUAAACAGUGAUGUUUUAUUUUGCUUUUUGUGUUUUCCUGUUCUUGAUUCUUUUUUCUCAGGGAGCUUAACUUCAGUAAUGGAAAGCCACUGGUCUUAAAAGCAUAUUUUUCGCUCAAAAGAACAUCAACACAGAACGUUUCAGCAAUUUCCAAAACUUUUUCCCCCCCAGAAAAUAUUCUCAGUAAGAGUGAUGUAACAACAGAGGUUCCUCUCAAUGAACAAGUUACUAAAUGUUAAUCAACCGGAUAGAUUAUUUUUCUCUGAUACAUUUUUGAACCAACUGCUGUAGUCCAUUCCUCAGUUAAUUGGUGAAUCUGUGUCUUUCAUGCUCACUGUAUGUGUGUAGCUGCACACGCUGUGGCAAUGCACAGGAGUGUUAUCCCCACACUGCACAGGGUAAGCUGCAUGCUUGCAGUUGACAGGGGUUUUGAAGACCUUAUCUCUACUGUCUCCAAUGUUCUGCUCUCCUGGCUGAUGAUACUGUGGCUUUUACGUCAGCUGAGAUGUUGUGUCUGAAAACAAGUCCUUCUGUCUUCCUCCUUUCACUAAAACUGCAACCUAAAUUUAUUUCUGUUCAUUUUGUCUUAAAUUAUGUCAUUUUGUAUUAAGUAUUUCAAGCAGAAUUCACAUAUGCUGUAAUAUAAUAAGAAGAAAUCCAGCAUUUUUCAUAGUCUCAAAAGGGCACUACGCGUGUGUAAAAGAUAGGUGUAUGUUUUCCAUCAUUUUAAAUGACUUGUUAGAGGGGAACUGUUAGGUCAGGGCUUGAGCUGGUGAUUAAGCACCUGGUGAAGGAGUGUGUGGUUGGCCCAGGGAGCGCAGGCACAUUGCUUGCACCUGUGCUUUGCACAUGGGCAAAAGGAGUGGACUCAGGUGGGAGCUGCCCUGCGCUCAUAUAAAGGCCAGCCACUGAAGGAAGAGCACGUCUUGUACCUAGGCUGCUACCUGAGGAGUGCUGUAUUGCUAGAGAGCCCCUUCACCAGUUGGAUGCACCUCCCCGCUCACCCUGACAGCUGCACAAGAGAGCCCAGGUUCUGUAGCGAGCACGGCAACUUGGACUGACAUGCGGAGGAGCAGCCCCGCACACACGCACGGCGGUGGUACCCACGAGAUGCAGUGAGCUCCGUUAGGAACCGGAAGGAUUUAUCCCAGUGGAGCCCCCCCACCUCCCAAAAACUCAGGAAAGCCGCCAGCAGGGGUUCUCGGCCCUUUUGGAUCUACACAGUGGAAGUUGCAUCUUGUGUAUGGCGUGGUUAAGCUUGCAGCCUCUCACCUCGGCCUUCCUCCAUUUUGGGCUGGUUACUUUUGUGCUGUUUUUGCAUGGUUUGCAGGUGGAUGCUGGCCUGACGGGAGACUCAACCAGUUCAGUACAAAACAGCUCGUGUUCAGGAUCUUUUGACUGCAAGGAAGGUGUUAUCCUGCCAAUAUGGUACCCAGAAAACCCAUCCCUUGGGGACAAAAUUGCCCGUGUUAUUGUAUACUUUGUAGCACUGAUCUACAUGUUCCUUGGAGUCUCCAUCAUUGCAGAUCGAUUCAUGGCAUCUAUAGAGGUCAUUACAUCACAAGAAAAAGAAAUCACGAUUAAGAAACCCAAUGGAGAGACCACAACAACAACCAUUCGGAUUUGGAAUGAAACUGUUUCCAACUUGACCCUCAUGGCUCUGGGCUCCUCUGCUCCUGAGAUCCUUCUGUCUCUGAUAGAAGUGUGUGGGCAUGGAUUCAUAGCUGGAGACCUGGGGCCAUCUACAAUUGUUGGCAGUGCUGCCUUCAAUAUGUUUAUCAUCAUUGCCAUCUGUGUCUACGUGAUCCCUGAUGGGGAAACCAGAAAGAUAAAACACCUGAGAGUUUUCUUUGUCACAGCUGCAUGGAGCAUCUUUGCUUACAUCUGGUUGUACAUGAUCCUUGCUGUCUUCUCUCCAGGUGUGGUUCAGGUCUGGGAAGGUCUGCUCACACUUUUCUUCUUUCCGCUUUGUGUUCUUCUGGCUUGGAUAGCAGAUAGACGCCUGCUUUUCUAUAAGUAUAUGCACAAAAAGUACCGUACUGACAAGCACAGGGGCAUCAUCAUAGAAUCAGAAGGUGAUCACCCUAAGGGAAUUGAGAUGGAUGGCAAGAUGAUGAACUCCCAUUUUCUGGAUGGAAACUUAGUGACUGUGGAGGGGAAAGAGGUAGAUGAAUCUCGCAAAGAGAUGAUCCGGAUCCUUAAGGAUCUGAAGCAAAAACACCCGGAAAAGGAUUUGGACCAGCUGGUAGAAAUGGCUAACUACUAUGCCUUGUCACAUCAGCAGAAGAGCAGAGCCUUUUAUCGCAUUCAGGCUACCAGAAUGAUGACAGGGGCUGGCAAUAUUCUGAAGAAGCAUGCAGCUGAGCAAGCCAAGAAGAGCACCAGCUUGCAUGAGGUGCGGCCGGAUGAACCUGAGGAAUUCAUCUCCAAAAUUUAUUUUGACCCAUGUUCCUAUCAGUGUCUUGAGAACUGUGGUGCCGUUCUCCUGACUGUGGUUCGGAAAGGAGGGGAUGUGUCCAAGACCAUCUAUGUAGACUACAAAACCGAGGAUGGCUCUGCCAAUGCUGGUGCUGACUAUGAGUUCACAGAGGGGACUGUUGUCUUGAAAUCAGGGGAGACCCAGAAGGACUUUGCAGUGGGAAUUAUUGAUGAUGACAUCUUUGAGGAGGAUGAACAUUUCUUUGUGCGGCUCAGUAACCUCCGUGUGGUGGACAGUGAAGAACCUCCAGAGCUCGGUAACUCCCCAUACCCAAAGGCCAUACUGGCUUCUCCUUGUGUGGCCACAGUGACUAUCUUGGAUGAUGACCAUGCUGGCAUCUUCACGUUUGAGUGUGAUGUUAUACAUGUCAGCGAGAGCAUUGGUGUGAUGGAAGUCAAAGUUCUAAGGACAUCAGGUGCUCGGGGUACAGUCAUAGUGCCAUUUAGGACAGUAGAAGGGACAGCAAAAGGAGGUGGAGAAGACUUUGAAGACACUUACGGGGAGUUGGAGUUCAAGAAUGAUGAAACUGUGAAGACCGUAAGGGUUAAGAUAGUAGAUGAGGAGGAAUACGAAAGGCAGGAGAAUUUCUUCAUUGCCCUUGGUGAGCCGAAAUGGAUGGAACGAGGAAUAUCAGCUCUGCUGCUCACCCAAGAAGUGGCUGAAAGGAAGCUGACAGUUGAAGAAGAGGAAGCCAAGAGGAUUGCAGAGAUGGGCAAACCAAUACUUGGCGAACACCCCAAACUAGAAGUCAUCAUUGAGGAGUCAUAUGAGUUCAAGAGCACUGUGGACAAGCUCAUUAAGAAGACAAACCUAGCUUUGGUUGUAGGGACACAUUCCUGGAGGGACCAGUUUUUGGAGGCCAUCACCGUCAGUGCAGCAGGUGACGAAGAUGAGGAUGAGUCUGGUGAAGAGCGCCUGCCAUCCUGCUUCGACUACGUGAUGCACUUCCUGACCGUCUUCUGGAAGGUGCUGUUUGCCUGCGUGCCCCCCACCGAGUACUGCAAUGGCUGGGCCUGCUUCGUUGUCUCCAUCCUCAUCAUUGGCAUGCUCACAGCUGUCAUCGGUGACCUCGCCUCCCACUUCGGCUGCACCAUCGGCCUCAAGGACUCGGUGACCGCCGUUGUGUUUGUAGCCUUCGGCACCUCCGUACCAGACACAUUUGCCAGCAAAGCUGCAGCCAUCCAGGACGUGUACGCCGAUGCCUCAAUCAGCAAUGUCACAGGCAGCAACGCCGUCAACGUCUUCCUGGGCAUUGGGCUGGCAUGGUCGGUGGCAGCGAUCUACUGGGCGUCACAGGGGCAGGAGUUCCAGGUGUCAGCGGGUACCCUGGCCUUCUCUGUCACCCUCUUCACCAUCUUCGCCUUCAUCUGCAUCAGCGUUCUCCUCUACCGCCGGCGGCCCCACCUCGGGGGAGAGCUGGGCGGUCCCCGGGGUUGCAAACUGGCCACGACGUUGCUCUUUGUCAGCCUGUGGCUGCUGUACAUCCUUUUUGCCACCCUGGAAGCCUAUUGCUACAUCAAGGGGUUUUAGGCGGCAGAGAGACGGUGCCGCCGAGGGAGGGACCCCCUCCUCCAUUACCUCACCGGACACCGGCCCUGGAUGAGUGGUUUCACCAGGAUGGACGGCUGUCAGCUCGCCGCCCUGACAGGUGCCAGGAUGGGCAGAUCCAUCACGGGACGAUAAAGAAAUCCACGAAAACCACCCCAAAAAAUGAUGCAAAAGAAAAGAAAGCAACAAUGGCAAGCAUUUAAAGGGACAAAAUGAAGUAAACCCAGCCACUGACUCCAAUCGAUGUGACUAAGAAGUCUCAGCCAUCUCCCAAGGCCACCUCUCCCACAGG